GAAAAAUCAUAGACGACGGUGCCAGUGAUCAUGCAGGCGACACGGGUUUUAUUCAAGCGCUCCGUGUGGAAGGGCCCACACCUUGUCCCCCUCCCCAUCGUCUGGCCCAAGAAUCCCGGCGACAAGGUCCCUCCCGUUCGAACCCAAGCCCGAUCCGCGACGAUCCUCCCCAACUUUGUGGGACUCAACUUCGAGGUGCAUAAUGGCCGCGACUACCACCAUGUGACCAUCACCGAAGACAUGGUUGGGCAUAAGCUUGGAGAGUUUUCACCAACCCGAAAGCCGAACAUCUGGGACAAGAGGUAGAGAUUGGGUAUACCAUGUAUAAAGACUGUAUCAAUAAGCAACGUUGGACUUUUACAAGACGAGGCACCACGACUACGAACAAUGUGAGCGAUGCGAUCGAUACAAACUGUGCAAGGCGAAGAAAUUGAUUCAAGGCAUCUAUUGGCCGAGACUAUAA